AUGAGCUAGCAUUAAGAUUCCCCCAACUCCAUUCCUUCUUGGCUCUUUCAACACACAAAAGAGAGUGAUCAUAACAUAACACUUAACCACUUACACAUUCUUCUUCACUUUUUUAGUUUCUAGCAUUGCCAUCACCCCAUUUUGUUCUAAAUCCAACCAUGUAUCCCUUCUCACAUUCAUCUCAUCAAUCCAUCGUAUUCCUACUUAUCCAUGCUUUCAUAGGGGUGGCAGUUUCAGCGACAACAUUCACAUUCGUCAACAAGUGCGACCAUACAGUGUGGCCAGGGAUUCUAGGAAAGCCAGACCUCGGAACAUCAGGUUUCGAGCUCAAAAGGGGAAGCACGCGCACCUUCGACGCGCCACCGGGUUGGUCGGGGCGUUUCUGGGGCAGAACCGGUUGCCAGUUCGACGACUCGGGCCACGGAACCUGCGUCACCGGCGACUGCGGCUCCGGUGAGGUACUCUGCAACGGCAACGGCGCCACGCCGCCGGCCACACUCGCCGAGUUCACGCUCGGGUCCGGGUCUCCGGACUACUACGACGUGAGCCUCGUCGACGGCUACAACCUCCCGAUGAUGGUGGAAUCCAGCGGCGGCUCCGGCUCGUGCGCCACCACCGGUUGCGGGGCGGACCUGAACCGACGGUGCCCAGCGGAGCUGAGGGUGGAAGGCGGCGACGCGUGCCAGAGCGCGUGUCGCGCGUUCGGGAAACCGGAGUUUUGCUGCAGCGGCGCGUUUGAUUCACCGGCGGCGUGCGCGCCUUCGAUGUACUCGGAGAUUUUUAAGAACGCGUGCCCGAAAUCUUAUAGCUACGCGUUUGAUGAUGCUACCAGCACUUUUACGUGCACCGGCGCGGAUUACACUGUGACAUUUUGUCCCUCUUCUUCUCCAAGUUUGAAGUCUUUGAUGGAAUCGGGGCCAGGAUCAUCAGUGGAACAGGCAGCAGUAGCUACUACUUCAUGGAUAGCGAAUUUGGCUACAGGGGACUCCACCAUAACCACACCAUUUUCACCUUCCAACUCUGCAUUUUUUCUUUCUGUCACUUUCAUUCUUUCCUAUUUAGUCUCAUAGACUCUCUCUCUCUCUCUGUCCCUUUCAGAACGAUAUCUUCCUUCUUUAAGGGACACACACGCAACUAGGAUCAAUAUUAAUCGGUGUAUAAAUACAUGAUGAUUGUUGAAAUCCAUGUAAAUUACAAACAUUUUAAUAAUUUUGUUGUGUCAUUUUUUA